CGCCGCGCUCCGCUCCGCUGUGCGCCCCUGCCCGCCCCGUCUGCCCUUCCGACCCGCUCGCUGCCCGCCCAGGGCCCACCCCGCCCGGACCCAAGAUGGCCUCGGUGGCCAAGGUCUACUACAGCCAGACGACGCAGACGGAGAGCCGCCCGCUGGUGGGCCCGGGGCUGCGGCGGCGGCGCGUGCUGACCAAGGACGGCCGUAGCAACGUGCGCAUGGAGCACAUCGCCGACAAACGCUUCCUCUACCUCAAGGACCUGUGGACCACUUUCAUCGACAUGCAGUGGCGCUACAAGCUGCUGCUCUUCUCGGCCACCUUCGCCGGCACCUGGUUCCUCUUCGGCGUGGUGUGGUACCUGGUGGCCGUGGCGCACGGGGACCUGCUGGAGCUGGGCCCGCCGGCCAACCACACGCCCUGCGUGGUGCAGGUGCACACGCUCACGGGCGCCUUCCUCUUCUCGCUCGAGUCGCAGACCACCAUCGGCUACGGCUUCCGCUACAUCAGCGAGGAGUGCCCGCUGGCCAUCGCCCUGCUCAUCGUGCAGCUGGUGCUCACCACCAUCCUGGAGAUCUUCAUCACGGGCACCUUCCUGGCCAAGAUCGCGCGGCCCAAGAAGCGCGCCGAGACCAUCCGCUUCAGCCAGCACGCCGUGGUGGCGGCCCACGACGGCAAGCCCUGCCUCAUGAUCCGCGUGGCCAACAUGCGUAAGAGCCUGCUCAUCGGCUGCCAGGUCACGGGCAAGCUCCUGCAGACGCACCAGACCAAGGAGGGCGAGAGCAUCCGCCUCAACCAGGUCAACGUGGCCUUCCAGGUGGACACGGCCUCCGACAGCCCCUUCCUCAUCCUGCCGCUGACCUUCUACCACGUGGUGGACGAGGCCAGCCCGCUCAAGGACCUGCCGCUGCGCAGCGGGGAGGGCGACUUCGAGCUGGUCCUCAUCCUCAGCGGCACCGUGGAGUCCACCAGCGCCACCUGCCAGGUGCGCACGUCCUACCUGCCCGAGGAGAUCCUCUGGGGCUACGAGUUCACGCCCGCCAUCUCGCUCUCGGCCAGCGGCAAGUACGUGGCCGACUUCAGCCUCUUCGACCAGGUGGUCAAGGUGGCGCCGCCCGCCGGCCUCCGCGACGGGGACCCCGAGAAGCUGAAGCUGGAGGAGUCGCUGCGGGAGCAGGCGGAGAAGGAGGGGGGCGCCCUGAGCGUCCGCAUCAGCAACGUCUGA